AUCUCGAGAGACAAGUUUAAAGCCAAGAUGGCGAUAUCCUUGAAGAAUUGGGAGAGGGAAUUUUAAUAUAAUUUACCGGAACACGUGCAGAUCAACAUGGUGAGAUGAACUGAAGCAACAUGUGACUUACCAGAGCUUUUGUCUUUGAUUGACAUAAAAAAGAAUUAACACAAACUAUGAAAAUGAAGAAAAUUGAAAAAACGUGGUACACUGACCCUGACAGCACGUUCAACAAGUGUAUUUAUAAUUAAUAUUUCAAAUUCCGAAGAAAAGCAAAAGUGAAAAUCAGUGGGUGUUUUAAUCUAUUAAUUUAGAAAAAAAUACCGAAAAUACCCAAAAUCAAAGUGGAAUAUAAUCUAUUUUUCGCAAAAUAGUCAAUAAUGGCGUCAUUUAUGGAGCAGAGGACAAUUUUCCAACUAUUGAAUGAAGUACCAGACGAGAGGGAAAUCGUGAAGGAUGCAAGUUCAGACGAGGAGAAUAUUAUCGAGGACUGUACGAAUAAUUUAAGUGACGAUAAGGAUUAUUCAUCUGAAUUAGAGGCAACGUCCGAUUGUGAGGAAUAUUUUUUAACAAACGACAGAGACGAAUAUUUCUCAUCGAAAAAUGAAGAAAUAAAAUGGAGAAAAUUUCAGUAUAAUAAUAGUGAUAAAAUGCAUACUCAGGAAUUAAUGAGCAGCGCAAUUAAAGUAACUAGUGAAAUUGAUGCCUUCCUAAAAUUAAUAGACGACAAAAUGCUGGAUAAUAUUGUCGUGAGUACAAAUAGAAAAAUUGAGAGGAAAAAAAAUCAAUACAAACGUGACAGAGACGUGCAGAAUCUCACAAAAAAUGAAUUAUUAGCUCUCUUUGGACUUUUAUUUUUGAUUGGUGUUAAUAAAGGUAAUCAUACAAGUACCGAGGAAUUAUGGACAACAGACGGCACUGGAAUAACAAUGGUACGCGCUUGUAUGAGUAAAAAACGAUUUUUAUUUCUCCUGAGAAAUUUACGUUUUGAUAACGAUGAAAUGCGACGCAAGAGGCGAAUUUUUGAUAAAUUAGCGCCAAUUCGUUAUUUUCUUGAUUCAUUCAUAACGAAUUGUAAAAGUUCCUAUUCAGUUGGACAAUAUGUGAGUGUUAAAAGUUUAGAAGUAUUUCAAGGACAAUUAAAUUCUAGUCAGAAUCUUUCCAAAAAUCUUGCCAAGUGUGGUUUGAAGAUAUUUGCGCUCUGUGACGCAAAGACAUAUUUCACGAAUAAUUUGGAAGUUUAUUGUGGCGAACAACCCGAUGGUCCUUAUCGUUUAUCAAAUGAUCCAAUCGAUAUUGUCGAGCGUUUAGUCGCGCCGAUUGAGGGUUCAAAUCGAAAUUUAACAAUUGGCACAUGGUACACUUGUUCGACGCUCGCUAAAUCUCUUUUAGAGAAAAAAAUCACUUGUAUCGGUUCGAUGAGAAGAGAAAGAUCUGAAAUUCCCGUUGAAUUCCUACCGAAUAAAUAUAAACGCGUUGGUACAUCAAUGUUCGGCUAUCAACCCGACAUGACACUCGUUUCUUUCGUACCAAGAACGAAUCGAUCAAUUAUUCUCCUAUCGACAAUGAAAAAUUGUAAUAUCGUCGAUGAGAAGACAAAAAAACCUCUGGUUGCCCUUUAUUACGAUAUGACAAAGGGAGCAGUUGAUGUUGUUCAUGAAUUGUGUAAAGCAUAUUUUGUAGCGCGUGUCACAAAUCAAUGGCCAUUGGCAUUAUUUUUUACGCUCACAAAUAUCGCCAGUGUUAAUGCACAAAUUUUAUAUGAGGCAAACAAUGUGGAUUGUCGUGUGAUAAGAAAGACAUUUUUAAAGAAUCUCUCACUUAGUUUAAUGAGAAAUCAUCUUUGCGAGAGGGCGAAAAUUUUAACACUUCCCACUGAGAUUAGAGCAAUAUUGGCGAGAUAUCGGGAGGAGCCGAUUGAAAUACAAAAGGAGAAUGAAGAGAGUCGAAAACGUGGUCGAUGUCAUUUGUGUGCACGGGCUAAAAAUGUUGAUACAACGAUAAAAUGUAAAUUUUGUCGAAGAUUCUCCUGUAAAGGACAUGUGGAAACUGUUGCAACUUGCAUUGAAUGCAAAUCAGCAAAAAAUGAAGAAAUGUGAUGAAAAAGUUAAGUUUCUUUUUAAUUACCGAAUUGAUUAAUUUACAAAGUGCAGGGAAUGGAAUUUUUCUGAAUUUUUCUUUCUUUUUUCAUGCUUCUGAAUUUAAAAAAUUAUUUUUAUUAUAAAUAGAAUUUUUCUUGUUGAAAAAGAAUAAUUAUUUUU